AUGGAUCAGUACCUAUGGGCAAUGCUUUGUUCCAUGUUUCUUGUCCUGCUCGGAUUCUUCUCUCUUCGACUCUACGAUGAUUUUGUCGCUAUGCCACAAAAACUACGUAGAAUCUUGCUUCGACAAGGGAUCAAUGGCCCUCCUCCAAAACUCAUACUUGGGAACAUUCUGGAAAUCAAGAAAUCCCGGGAUGCCAUGGACAAGGCUGCGAUUAAACAGCCACAUCCUCCGGUCAUACACAAUGCGGCGUCUGUAUUUUCCUUUCUUGAGCAAUGGAGAAAGCAAUAUGGUCCAUUGUACCUGUUUUCUCUUGGAAAGAUGCAGAUACUGUAUGUGUCGAAACCUGAUUUAGUGAAGGCUAUAACAACAUGCACGUCGCCUGACUUGGGGAGGCCGUAUCAUCAGCAGGAGGAGUUUGGCCCGUUGCUUGGGCAGGGGAUCUUGACAUCGAAUGGCUCGAUUUGGGCGCGCCAGAGGAAGAUCAUAGCUCCUGAAUUAUUCAUGGACAAAGUCAAGGGAAUGAUGGAUAUAAUCACUGAGUCAGCUCUAACUCUGGUGAAUUCAUGGAAACAUGAAAUCGACAACGGAGCCCUGGAAAUCACUGUCGAUGAUUACAUGAAGAGAUUCUCCGGGGACACGAUUUCCAGGGCCUGUUUUGGCAGCAGCCAUUCCAAAGGGCAAGAGAUUUUCGCGAAAUUUGGGCAUCUCCAGGAGCUCAUAUCCAGCAGGAUUGCAUCACUCGGCGUUCCUGGAUUAAGAUAUCUCCCGACGAGGAACAACCUGAGGAUUAGGGCAUUGGAGAAGGAAAUCCAGGGACUGAUCCUGAAAGUGGUGAAGGAAAGGCAACUAGCUGGAUCCGAGAAGGACUUGCUCCAGAUUCUUCUAGAAAGUGCAGAGAGCAGCCAUUGCCAUUCUCCAUCGGAUUCAGAUUCAAUCCACCAGUUCAUCGUCGACAACUGCCGAAACAUCUAUCUAGCUGGAUUCGAGACGUCCGCUGUUGCAGCCUCCUGGUGUGUAAUGCUGCUGGCUUCCAAUCCUGAUUGGCAGACCCAAAUCAGAGACGAGAUUAAUGAAGUCUGCCAUGGCCGCCCCAUCCCCGACAUGAACAUGCUUCGCAAGAUGAAACAGCUGAAUAUGGUGAUUCAAGAGACCAUGCGUCUGUACCCGUCGACGCCGACGCUAUCGAGGGAGGCGCUGGAAGACAUUACUAUCGGCGAUGUGGAGGUGCCGAAAGGCGUCCAUGUCUGGACCAUGGUGGCGGCGCUGCAUACAGACACAUCGAUUUGGGGCGCCGACGCGCUCGAAUUCAAGCCGGAGAGGUUCCAAAAUGGGAUUGCCGGAGCCUGCAACAACCCGAAUGCGUACAUGCCGUUCGGAUUUGGGCGGCGCGUGUGCGUCGGGCAGCACUUGGCCAUGGUUGAGCUGAAGCUGCUCAUGGCAUCCAUUGUAGGCAGCUUCUCCUUUACACUGUCUCCCAAUUAUGUUCAUUCGCCUGCCAUGAGAAUGAUCGUUGAGCCUAAGUAUGGAGUCAAGAUUAUGGUGCAGAAGCUGCAGUGA